AACAUGGUCAAACAGGUCGCACCUAUUUCAACACCCAUUCCCGUCCGGCGUAUCUGCAAAUAGAGCCGAUAGAGGCUAAGGAUGCCGGCGACUACCGGUGCCGCGUCGACUUUAAACGGGGCCGCACAGUGAACACGGUAAUUGCGCUCAAAGUGAUAGUACCGCCAAAAGAGCCGCAAAUAUUUGAUGCCAGCGAUAACGAACUGAACGGUAUAGUCGGCCCAUUCAGUGAGGGCAACGAACUGACGCUCAAGUGCUCAACCCGUGGAGCGCCUGUCAAACGGCUAAUACAUGUGCAAAAUAUAAGCAGUAUAUCACUAUUACUGUUGUCUAAUGCCGUCAACAAUAACAUAACCACUCCCUCCUCGACGUCCAUUACGCUCGAUAUGAACC